AAUGAUUCAGUUUGUUGCAAACACAACAAAUGCAGCAGAAGUUAACACAUUAGUGUGUGUUAUUCACAGCCUGGAUCAUGUUUCUUAAAGCUGCAGUGCAGCAGACAUUACUCUGCAACACAGAGACCCUUUUAGCACAGCGGUGUAUUACAUAACAGUCUGCAGUCAUGGAAACUAAGCAAGUGAGCUAAUGUUAAAGUUCACAGGACAAUGCAACAUUGUAGUUAAUAAGAAUGAAACUUCAGGCAUGUAGUUUAAAUGGUUUAAAUGUGUUUGAAAGUGUUUAAACUGCUGAUUUUCUACAGAAGGUUUUGUCACUAAUGAGUGUGUGAUUACAGAGUUAUAAAAGGAAACAGUCAUAUGUGGGUGAGAGUGUUUAAAGAACGAACUCGGUGGGAGAAGAGUUUGCACUGCCUCGAAGUGAGCUUCCUUCCUCCCCACAACAAGUAUGUCUCUUCGGGAUCCACCGUAUGAGCCUCCUUCUGUCUCAGAGCUGCAGGAGUUCCUGCUAGCAGACAGACGACCUACAGGACACGUCAAUCAAGUCUGGCCUAACCUUUUCAUAGGCAACGAGGUGGCGGCUCGUGACAAGGGCACUCUCCACAGUCUGAGCAUAACUCACAUUGUAAAUGCUGCUCACCGACCCCUCGGCUCCAGCCCUGGCCCCAACACUUUCUACGUCAACACUGGCCCACGUUUCUACAGAGACAUGUCAGUAGACUAUUAUGGGGUGGAGGCCGAUGAUGCAAUAGAGUUCGUCCUCAGUCCAUUCUUUUACCCGACGGCACGGUACAUCAGAGCCGCACUCACCAUGGGAGGCAAGUAA